AUGACGAGCGCCGACGACUGCUGGACAGAUCACCAACUAAUACGCUCCACGAUGGCUAUCAAGAUUAUACCUCAACGCAGGCUUCAGGGAAGAAAACCAAGGCGCAAAAUGAACACUCAAGCCCUUCAAGAUCCCAUUAAGCGGGAUUGCUUCCAAACGACUCUUAAGGACCAUCUGCUUUCAGAAUUCCCUGAUAACAUCGAGGAACACUGGACCAAGCUAAAAACAUCCAUCAUUGCAGUCUGUGAACAAACUAUUGGAUACCAAACCAGGAAACACCAGGACUGGUUUGAUGAGAAUGACAGUGAGAUUGAACGCAUGAUUGACAAGAAAAGGAAGGCAUUUCAGAUCUCGCAAAGAGAUAGAAACUGUGCCACUAAGAAAAAAACCUAUGCCAACGCUAAGGCUGAGGUUCAAAGAAGAACCAGAGAACUAAAAAACACCUGGUGGAUAAAAAAAGCUCAAGAGAUCCAGCACUUAGCCGACACUCAUGAUGCACAGAGUUUGUUUAAAGCCGCAAAGUCCAUCUAUGGGCCAAUAAAUCAUGGCAUAUGUUCCCUACUUUCAGCAGACGGUAUCAAAUUUCUAAAAUAUAAAUAAGCUAUUGCACUGCGCUGGAAAGAACAUUACCAACAUCUCCUUAACCGCAACUCCCCCGUAGCUGCUGAGGUCCUCUCACAAAUUCCACAAAAACAAGUUAGAGAUGAGCUUGCAGUAUCUCCAAAUCUGGGAGAGUUGUGUACAGCUAUUAACCAAAUGAAAAACAACAAAGCCAGUGGACCUGGCAACUACUCUAUUCCAAACUUAAAAAUGGAAAGCGUAAUGCUGGUGGUCAACGAAAAAGGUUUAAAGACUGUCUCAAGGCAAAUAUAAAAAAAAAAUGUAGUAGAAACACUGACAACUGGGAAACACUGGCCUGUGAGCGCUCCAGUUGGAGAACAGCCUUUACCAAAGGUGUCAUGGGCUUUGAAGACGCUCGAACUCAGGACGAUAGGGAGAAAUGUGCUAAGAGGAAGGCAUGCUUGGCAAACCCUCACUGUGAUCAACUCCCACCCGGAAACCAAUGUACCCACUGUGGAAGGAUGUGUGCAUCCAGAAUUGGCCUCCACAGUCACUUACGAACUCAUUGUUAAAACCGUGUUUAUGGAAGACAAUCUUACUCGGCUACGAGUGAUUGCCAAAGAAGAGAGUAAGAUAAGACCUUUGGAGCAGGCAUUUUUUAAAAAAAAUGUUUUUUUAUGAACUGCCCUACUGAUAUACACAACACUAUCAAACCUAUAGUUAGGUAAAUCCAACUAAGAAGCCCAAAACAUUCUUCUGCAGAAAGAAACUAGAUUUAUUUCCCUGCUCGAUUCUUUGCAUCCCUCAUGUUUAAAUACAGAAAUAGAUUAUAGUUGUUUUUUUAUGAGUCAUCAUUAAUAUCUUGAUAUACAAUGGAUAACCUUAAAAAUCUAUGUUGAAUAUGGUGGUUUCAAAGGGGUCACUUUAAGAUAGGCAUCCCCAACCUUCGGCCCUCCAGAUGUUUUCGACUACAAUUCCCAUCAUCCCUGACCACUAGUCCUGUUAGCUAGGGAUCAUGGGAGUUGUAGGCCAAAACAUCUAGAAGGACAAAAGUUGGGGAUGCCUGCUUUAAGAGGUAAAAAAAUGCCUGCUUUUUAAGAGAGAAACAAACUUUGCUGUAGGUUGCUGCCACCUGUAACUAGAAUUAACGCGGUGUCUCUCUACAAAAUGAAACAUGGGACUACUGGCUGUUUACUGCGGAAUCUGCCAUGUCACUUGUCCCAUGUCUCUGAUACAGAAAAUAUGGUAUGUAGAUCCGUUGUUCAAUAUGUGUGUUAUAUGUUUUAUUUCCUAAUUUGUUAAAAAAAACUACAGGCAGCCCUGUUUAGGGAAGCUUUUAAUGUUUGAUGGACUAUUGCAUUCUAAUAUUUUAUUGGGCGGGGUAGAAAUAAUAAAUUAUUUAUUUAUUUAUUUAUUUAUUUAGAGUAUGCAUGGCUGACAAAGCCCGGCAGGGUGAAACAAGGUAUUAUUCUGGGAAUCCUUGUCUUAAGUUCUUUCAUCUGGUACCUGCAUACAAUAACUUUACUUUGCAAAGGCAUAUGUGAAACAUUACAAAGAACAACUUCAUUUUCUGCAAGUACCACUUCCUAAAGUUGUUGCGUCUGACACUUGUAUUCAUAAAUACAUAUGUGAAACACAAAAAAGCUUCUAUUUGGACAUUACGUAAGUAUAUAAGAACUGAUCUAUUUGUAUUUCCUGUUCAAAAUGUUGGUCUUUAAUUGCUUCUGCUUAAUUUGAUAAUGUGAAAAGAGUUAUGUUUAUAUGAUGUAUAAAGAAUUAUCAUAGUUAAACACAGCCAGGAACUGAUAUACACACGAAUAAAUUUGCUUUAUAUCCCGUUGGGCAGAUGGCCUUCUCGGUAGUGGCACCCGCCCUGUGGAACUCCCUCCCGUUAGAUGUCAAAGGAAUAAACAACUACCUGACAUUUAGAAGACAUCUGAAGGCAGCCCUCUUUAGGGAAGUUUUGAAUGACUGAUGUUUUAAUGUAUUUCUAACCUUCCGUUGGAAGCCGUCUAUUAUGGCUGGGAAAUAAUAAAUUAUUAUUAUUAUUAUCUAGUUCAGAACAAGAGUCCUGUUCCCUCCUGCGAUUUCCAGCAGAUGGUGCUCAGAAACAUUACUGCCUCCAGCCCUGCAUUUUGUUAUUUGUGCAUCCAGACUAAACCAAUUCUGGGCUUCGGCCUUUUAAUGUUUCCUUCAGAGCACUUCGUUGAACUCGCGCAAAAUAAGUUGCUCUCCAUCAAGGUGAAAGCUCCAUUUGCCCAAACCGUGGCUAUGCAUGGUGAGUAAGCGUUGUGUUUUCUGAAGCGUUUCCUCAACCUAAGCGCUCUGGCCAUAAAAAUGAAGUGGCUGGGAGGACGGAUGGAAGGUGGCAUUCUCAUAUUUCCUCCUGUCACUCAACGCUGCUUAAAAAGGGCCUGGGCAUGGAUGAACUAUUAGUCACAAUCACCAAAUAGAGAAAUUCGGCUGCAGUCAACAGCAAGCAAAGAAAGGCAUUGGAACCUCACUUCUGUAUAAUGUUUCAUACUGAAUCGGCAUAUAAAUUCCUUAACGGGGAGGCAGCCCAGCGAAAGGGCCAAGAGCAGGCUUCCUCAGCCUCGACCCUCCAAAUGUUUUUGGCCUGUUUUUGAAGGACCAGCUGCGCAGCCUGGGGGUCAUUUUGGACCCAUGGGGGCACAGGUCCAUUUUGUGUCCAGAGCAGCUCCAUCUGGGACGCAAGUGGAGACCCACCCACUGUCUGGCCAGAGUGGUCAGGAUCCAACCUCAACCCGUUCACCGCCAUCCAUCCUCCAACUGUCCCAAAUGGUCCUUUCCAUAGAGGCCAUAAUACAUGGCCCUUAGUUCUCAAUCCAUAUACAUAACUUCUGAUCCUAUGGGUAACAUAAUAUUAACCUUUUUUUGCUUCUUCUUCUACUUCAGGCUUCCUCAACCUCGGCCCUCCAGAUGUUUUUUGGCCUACAACUCCCAUGAUCCCUAGCUAGCAGGACCAGUGGUCAGGGAUGAUGGGAAUUGAAGUCUCAAAACAUUUGGAGGGCUGAGGUUGAGGAAACCUGUUCUACUUUAUCAGCAAUUUCCCAUUUUAGCCUAAUCUCUUGUCUUGUUUCCUCUCUUCUCUCCUUUUUGGCUUUGCGCGUUCAUUUAUCCCUGAUUUUGCUGCUGUGACUGUGCCUGGGUAUAAGCUACUUUGAAAGGAAGCAGGGCACAUUUGGGAUACCAGCUGUAAUGAUAAUUUGCAGCACCUAAAAUUUGCAAACGCCUCUGAUAUUGAGAAACAAGGAAGCAAGUUGAAUGCCUUGGGACACAGUUUCAGGUAUUAAGAUUGCAAAGAGGUAUAGUUUAUAUAGUUAGUUUAUAUAAUUUAUACAGUUAGUUCAUGGGUAGGCACACUAAGCCCCGGGGGCGGAAUCCGGCCCAGUCGCCUUCUCAAUCUGGCCUGUGGACAGUCCAGGAAUCAGCGUGUUUUGACAUGAGUAGAAUGUGUGCUUUUAUUUAAAAUGCAUCUCUGGGUGAUUUGUGGGGCCUGCCUGGUGUUUUGACAUUAGUAGAAUGUGUGCCCUUUUAUUGAAAAUGCAUCUCUGGGUUAUUUGUGGGGCAUAGGAGUUCGUUCCUUAUUUUUUUCAAAAUCUAGUCUGGCCCCCCGCAAGGUCUGAGGAAUAGUGGAGUGGUCCCCAGCUGAAAAAGUUUGCUGACCCCUGAGUUAGUUUACAUAGGUUACAUUUGUUGGAAGCAGGACUCUCAGAAAGAGUCCCAUUCUGUGAAUAAAACAGUAUUUAAACAGCAUUCAAAAUGCUCUACAAAAGAAAUCAAACCAUAAAUGUUUCAUUUCCCAAUAUAACACAACCGCCUACGGGCACUCACAUUAGCUCAGCAGCGAAGUUGCCUGAACCAUUAUUAUUAUUAUUAUUAUUAUUAUUAUUAUUAUUAUUAUUUAUCAUUUCUGCCCCGUCCAUCUGGCUGGCUCUCCCCAGCCGCUCCAAGCUGCAUCCAACAAAAAAUUUAAAAGACAGCUGUUCAAAACUUUCCGAAAUUAUGCACCCCCACCGAGAGGGCUCAGAUUCCUAAAGGGGCUACUCAGCGUUUUGCACGUUUUCGGAGACUGAAGUAGCUGGGCAGGUAUUUAUAUCCUGUUGGUGGUGCCCUAUUCUUCUCCCCUGAGAUCACCUAAAAUGGUAAGAUGUUUUCUGUGGUAUGACGGCCACCAGUCUGGGGCAAAGGGGUGUGGACAUCUCCUGGUGGCCCCCGCCCCCAUAUUAAUAGCCUCCCUGAACUCUCAAACUGAGACAUGCUCUUUAUCAGCUGAGCUCCUAAAGUAGGGCUGGUUGGGAAUUGGUCCUCGCUGAAGGAUGGCUUAUCACAGGCACGCAGGUAACCCUCCUCUGCGCCCCAAAUAUAUAUAUAUGACUUUUCAUUGCCUUUUGUGCUUUGGGCAAGAGUUCGGGCUGGCUUGCUUGCUCUUUCAACAGGAUUUCGCUGUGCUGGAAAUUCUUCAUUUGAGCUGGAGGGGCUUUCCAGGAAAUAAGGGGACCCUCUGUGCGAUGAUAUUCCUUCCAGGGAAGGUAGGAGUGGGCAGUAGGGCAGUUCAAAAAAACCUCUUUUUUGAAAAUGCCUGCUCCAAAGGUCUUAUCUUGCUACACUAGGGAUUAUAUAACUGUAUCUGAAAUUUCAUGCAUAUCAGUUAAUAUCAUGACCCUCCUCCAUGAAAAUAGCUGUUUACUUGGCCAUUUUCCUAUGCUGUGGAGGCUGAAAUUUCAAUUCAGCGGAGCAGGGUCAAGAUAUUAACCGAUAUACAUGAAAUUUCAGAGAUAGCUAUAUAAUCCCUAGUGUAGUAAGAGAAGACCUUUGGAGCAGGCAUUUUUUUUAAAAAAAGUUUUUUAUGAACUGCCCUAGUAGGCAGAGGUUCUGCUUCUUCCAGUAUACUGGCAUUAGUUCGCCUGUCUUCCCAAGUGAAGUGUCAAAUUUUCGGGAGACCCCGUUAACAAAAUCUUUCGAGGAGUUGGACGUGGCGUUGAUAAGUAAGUAUAAGAGCUGGUAAAGGGCAAUUAAGCAGGCCUAUCACUAACUUCAAAUGCAGCUCAUGGACUGGGCUCUAAACAACUGCCAGAUCCUUUUUGCAGGAGACAGGACAGAGAGAAGCUUCCGGGACAGCCUUGUCCCUGCUUAGACUCUCCACUAAACUCCUUAGCCGUCAUUCUUUUAAAUUUUGUUGUCGUUUAGUCAUGUCCAACUCUUUGUGACCCCAUGGACCAGAGCACGCCAGGCACUCCUGUCUUCCACUGCCUCCCGCAGUUUGGUCAAACUCAUGUUCGUAGCUUCGAUAACACUGUCCCACCAUCUCGUCCUCUGUCGUCCCCUUCUCCUUGUGCCCUCCAUCUUUCCCAACAUCAGGGUUUUUCCCAGGGAGUCUUCUCUUCUCAUGAGGUGGCCAAAGUCUUGGAGCCUCAGCUUCAGGAUCUGUCCUUCCAGUGAGCACUCAGGGCUGAUUUCCUUCAGAAUGGAGAGGUUUGAUCUUCUUGCAGUCCAUGGGACUCUCAAGAGUCUCCUCCAGCACCAUAAUUCAAAAGCAUCAAUUCUUCAGCGAUCAGCCUUCUUUAUAGUCCAGCUCUCACUUCCAUACAUCACUACUGGGAAAACCAUGACUUUAACUAUACGGACCUUUGUUGGCAAGGUGAUGUCUCUGCUUUUUAAGAUGCUGUCUAGGUUUGUCAUUGCUUUUCUCCCAAGAAGCAGGUGUCUCUUAAUUUCGUGACUGCUGUCACCAUCUGCAGUGAUCAUUUAUAUCAUUUAGGCGUAGACAAAUUAGACUGCUUUACUAAAAACCCAAAGAGUGAAGUUUUGGAUAGACCAUUUGAGUCCAGGCGCUCUUGGGACAAUCUUGCAGCACUAGGGAUAUUAGAUCAGGGGGAUUUGAGUUUAGGCGAAGCCACAAGUUAAAUGUACUGUGCAAGAUCCGUAAUUCUACUGAAGGGAGAUUGGCCUCUAGGUGCAAUGAUGUGUUUGGGACACAGGGUGGUACAGAAAAAAAUUGCCUUAGAAACUUUGCAUGCAGGAAAGCCCCAAGCUAGACCCCUGGAACCACCACUUAAAAACACCUGAAGUCACAUUUGAAUCAAAAACCCCCGAGACCUGCUGCCUUUAUGCGUAUGGAGCUCAGUGGACAAAUAUCCUGACCUGGUACCAAGCGGCUUCCUAGGGUGAUGUUACUGGAUCCAUAUUACAGAUCAGGUAGACUGAGGCAGAGGGCGAGAGAAAGGGUGUUAACUUCUGUUACAGAAAUGACUGGGGGCAUAUCUUUAAAGUUGUUAAAUGUUACAAAUAUUAUGCCUGAAUGUAUCCCUUCGACUUGACAGCUCAGGGAAGAUACCUAGCUUUAAAAAAUCAUAUAAAAUCAACCCCUUUGCCAGUUUCCUCCAUUCCAAAGCUAUUUUGCCCUUGGAAAAAGGACUCUUUCCCCUGCCACCUCUCCAAGUGUGAAGACAUGUAUACACACCUCCUACCCCAGGAAAUGCCCAGAGGUGACAAUUGCAGGGCUCAUUGUUUGCCAAGGGAAGCGAAAUCUCAUCGCCAGACUUGCCUCAGGCUCCAGACAUGCAAAGGAAGUUUUAUUGUACUUUUGGGUGGUGGGUACGUAAGACCUAUUUGUCUGUGCUAAUCUUGUGUAACCCUCCCCUUUCUGACGGUUUUAGUGGUGUAGCAUUGACGUAUAGAUGAUGUUGUGCAAACUGUAUUCUGGGAUACUGUGGGAAAGUUUUAAAAGUUAAUGUCGCCCCAAUGCUCGGGGUUCUUACUGCCGUUUGAACCUGUUGCACAACAAUAAAGGAUCAAAGUCUAACAACCGCUGUUUUGCUCCAAAUUACUUGGCUGGAAUUUCCUUCUUUUACUGACCGCAUGGACCCACGGGGGACUCGCACCCCAACGAGCUGGGCUGUUAAGUAGUCUCUCAACCCAGAAUUUUCUUUAACACGUGCUUGGGUGGGCUCACAGCUUGGCCCCUUGUCUCUAUCUUCCAUAAGCACUUUGGUGCUCAUUCACCCUAGCUGUGCUCCUGUGCUGUAGGACUGGCGUUUGCAGUUCAUGCUUCAAUCCCACUUUGCCUGCUGAUGGACGGAUGGAGGCUGCAGAAAUUGUUUCGCGUCCUUCCAGAGACAUUUGACCCCCCCCCGCAAGCUAUUUGCUUACCAGUUGCCCGCCCUCCCAUUUGUUGAAUGUGUUCUGCAAACCGUUGCCACAACGCAAAAUACCGUAUUUUUCGCCCCAUAGGACGCACCGCCCUAUAGGACGCACCUAGUUUUUUUUGGGGGGGGAAUAAAGAAAAAAAAUAUAUUUCCCCCCCAGGCACGGGGCUGGCGCAGGGGAAGCCCGAGCUGCCCCCGACCCCAGCCCCCAGAAGAGCCUGCUAUCCGCAAGCCUAGGGAGCUGCGCCGGUCUCCCCAGGCUUGCGGACAGCUGUGCGAAGCCCGGGCGCGCUGAGGCUUCCUAAUGCAGGCAGCUCUGUGCAACCCUCCGGAGCUUGGCGCCGGGCUCCGGAGGGUCGCACAGAGCUGCGCGGACCCCGGGAGGGCAGGCAGCUCUGCGCGACCCUCUGGAGCCCAGCGCGGCUUGAUGCCGGGCUCCGGAGGGUUGCGCAGAGUUUCCUGAAGCCUGGAGAGUGAAAGCCUCUCGCUCUCCAGGCUUCAGCGAAAGCCUGUAUUCGCCCCAUAGGACGCACCCACAUUUCCCCUUCAUUUUUGGAGGGGAAAAAGUGCGCCCUAUAGGGCGAAAAAUACGGUACUUGGUAUAUAGCCAGACCAAAUUCCAGGUAAUUGAGUGAAAGGGCAAGCAACUCAGGAAACAAUGGGGUCAUGGGCCUAUAUUUAGAUUGGAGGGAGGGUGGGUGGGAGAGAACAUUGCAGAAACAAGUUAGCCAUGAACACAUUGGUUUUACUUGGCUGUCCCGGACCUUAGAAAGGGGUGCUCUGCGUAGCCCCCCGCUUACUUACUUCUCUUGUUCUGAGCUUGCAGGCCUGAUCCUGUAGCUGUGAGAGCUUCAGACAGGAAUGGCAGUCUGGCAGCCCCUGCUCCAGAUCUGUUCUCUGUCUGGAUCUAACGCUGUUUGAAAUAAAUUAAAAAUUUAAAAAAUUGUCCAGCAGCGCCUUAGAGACCAACUCAGUUUGUUCUGGGUCUAAGCUUUUGUGUGCAGGUGCCCUUCUUCAGAUACAUGGAAACCAAAGUCUGUAUAAGAACUAGUAUGAAAAAAGAGGUCUCCCAGCAUUCUCCCAGGCCCAUAUAAGAACAGCAUAAACAGUUGGGCCUGAUGAGCGUUUACUGUUCCCAACCCUAAUCCUGCGGUAAGCCAUCUAACUAGGUUUUAAUUUGAUCCUGACUUGUUUUCAGGAGGUAAUUUCAUUAUUGUUUGAUUUUAUACCAAUGUUACAUAUUUGGUGUUAGCCGCCCUGAGCCCAGUUUCGUCCGAGGAGGGCGGGAUACAAAUCAAAGUUUAUUAUUUGUUAUUAUUAUUACCAGGCCAUGAUAUAUAGUGGGAGGGUGGGUCAGGGUUUUUCUACGCAGGGUAGUAGAACUCAAUGGGUAUUAUGCAGAUGACCAAAAUUAGCCGGGGGGGGGAAAAUUGUCCAGUAGCACCUUAGAGAACAACUCAGUUUGUUCUGAGUCUAAGCUUCAUGUGCAGGCCCCCUUCUUCAGAUACAUGGAAGCAGAAGUCACUAGACCCUUACAUAUACUAGGAGGGUGGAGUGGGGUAUUUCUCAGAAGGGUAGUAGGAGACGGGUGAUUUUAUGGUUCCAGAACUGAAACCUUCCUCUGCUUGUCCAGGAUUACAGACCUGCACCUCCAUGAUUGACACCUUCUUAAUCCUUGUAUUUAAUGAUAAUAACACUUGGCUGUCAUGUAUUCUUCAGAUACACUGAACCAGAAGUCCCCAGACCCUGAUAUUUAGUGGAAGGAAAAGUCACCAGACCCUGAUAUAUAGAGGGAGGGUAGGGUUUUUCUCCGAAGGGUAGUAGGACUCAGUGGGUUUGGUCAACCUGUGGGCAACUGUGAAUGACUGCAAUUAGUCCUACAGGAAAAAGCAAGGGAUAGUAUGCAGAUGGUUAGCACAUGUAAUGAGACAGGAAUCCAAUAUCUCUAUUCAGACCAGGUCUCUCCAUCAUUUUCAGUUGAGUAAUAAGUUGCAAUUCAGCCACUUCUCCUUCAAGUCUAUUUCUGAAAUUCUUUUGUCAUAAGAUAGCUGCUUGGAGAUCCUGUAUUGAAUGUCCUGGGAGACGGAAGCUUUCUCCUCCUGGCUUCUCUGUCUUGUGAUUCCCGAUGUCGGAUUGAUGCCCAUUUAUCCUCUGGUGCUGGGUUUGGCCUGUUGGUCCAAUAUACAGAGCCAAAGGGCACUGCUGGCAUUUGAUGGCAUACACCAGGCAUGGCCCAAGUCCGUCUCAGGGGCCUAAUCUGGCCCACAAGUCAGUUUAAUUUGGCUCCUGUGGAAGUUUAUUUCCUAAAAAUCCUAAAAAAACUCAACAACUUUGGUCGGCCCUUUGAUCACAGCCCUUCACUUCAUCAAAUCUGGCCCUCUUUGAAAAAAGUUUGGACACCACUGGCUACACCAUGGGUAGGCAAACAAAGGCCCAGGGGCCAGAUCCAGUCCAAUUGCCUUCUCAGUCCGGCCUGCGAAUGGUCCAGGAAUCAGCGUGCUUUGACAUGAGUAGAAUGUGUCCUUUUAUUUAAAAUGCAUCUCUGGGUUAUUUGUGGGGCAUAGGAAUUCGUUCAUUUCCCCCCCCCAAAAAAAACCACUAGUCCGGCCCCCCACAAGGUCUGAGGGACAGUGGACCGGCCCCCUGCGAAAAAAAAUUGCUGACCCCUGGCCAUAUACAGUGUUUGAAGAUGAGCCAUGAAAUAGGCCUGAGAUGAUGAUGAUGAUGAUGAUGAUGAUGAUGAUGAUGAUGAUAAUUUAUUUAUACUCCGCCCAUCUGGCUGGGUUUCCCCAGCCACUCUGGGCGGCUUCCAACAAAAGAUUAAAAUACAAUAGUCCAUCAAACAUUAAAAGCUUCCCUAAACAUUAAAAGCCUUCAGAUGUCUUCUAAAAGUCUGGUAGUUGUUUUUCUCUUUGACAUCUGGUGGGAGGGCGUUCCACGGGGUGGGCGCCACUACCGAGAAAGCCCUCUGCCUGGUUCCCUGUAACUUGGCUUCUUGCAGUGAGGGAACCACCAGAAGGCCCUUGGCGCUGGACCUCAGUGUCCAGGUAGAACAAUGGAUGGAGAUGCUCCUUCAGGUAUGGGAUGUUUGGUGUUGUUGGGUCCAGCAAUGGUGCAAUCCAGGCGUGUGUGGGCAGCAAAGUUGGCACCUGGGUUUAUUGUAGGCUCUGGUACCCGUGUCCAUGUUAAGUCUGUAUGAUUGUGGGUAAGGAGUUGUUUAAGAUUGGGCGGCUGACAGUAGGCGAGGAAAGGUCUUCCUCCCAAAGCUUGGGAAAGGGAACUGUCGCCGUCUAGGAGAGGUUGCAAAUCUCUGAUGAGGCAUUGAACUAUUUUAACUUGGGAGCUGGAUGUGAUCGCUAGUAGAGUUCUGUUGUUUUCUCUUUGGGGUGUUUUCUCGCAGCAUGCUCUCUCUGGGGAUCAGUUUGGUGUUGUAGAUCUGUCAUUGAACUUUGAGUUCCAAAACCCCUGAAUCUAGGAUCUGAUGUUGCUUGAAAGAAGAUCAACAUCCUUUUUAGAACCCAAAACUCCAUGGUGGCUCUCGCUGGUGGAAGCAUUAGCAUUAAAACCUCACAGGAAGAGAGGAAAUUGGCCGACAUACAGAGAAUUAUUAAUAGAGGUGGAGAAAGGGUUGAAGCUGAAAGAAUAUGAGGAACUAAAGACUACAUUGCAAAGUUGGUUACAUCAUAGACAAUUAAACCAACAGUUUAAGGAAGACAAUAAGAAAGGUCUCAGCUACAGAGUGUCAAACUUACCAAAAGAGAUAAUUGAGAGUGAUACGAAAUUACUUUUAAAAAAUGUAUCAUCUCCUGUUAUAUGGGGAAAUGCUGGAUGAAAUGGUAAAGUCAGCACAAAUAAAGUGGGCUCAGGAUUUAGGUCACAAUAUACAACUUGAAGACUGAGAAAAGAUGUGGAAGGUGAAUUUAAAAUUUACAGACUGUAUUUUAUUGAAAGAGAAUUAUAUUAAAAUGAUGUAUAGAUGGUAUAUUACGCCAGAGAAAGUGGCAAAAAAGUAUAAAAAGGGAUCUAAAACCUGUUGGAAAUGUAAAGAAAAAUAUGGUACAUUUUAUCAUAUGUGGUGGGAAUGCAAAAGGGUUAGAAAUUAUUGGGAAAUUAUAUAUAAUGAAUUGAAAAAAAUGUUUAAAAAGACUUUUGUUAAGAAACCAGAAGCAUUCCUCCUAGGAAUUUUAGAUCAAGAUUUAGAAAAAAAAAGGAAAUUGGAAAUGAUUUAUGUCUGCAACAACAGCGGCAAGAAUUAUAUUAGCACAAGCUUGGAAGACAGAAGAAAUACCAACGAAAGAACAAUGGCAAGGGAAACUUAUGGAAUAUGCAGAACUGGCAAAAUUAACAAAUAAAUUACAUGAAAAGGAUAACAAUGACUUUAAAAGAGAAUGAGAACCAUUUACAACAUAUAUGAAGAGACAACAUAAAGAAUUGGACUCACUGGCAGGGUUUGAAUAAACCAACACAAUUGUGUAUAACCAAAAGCAAGACUAUAUGCAUUGGGGAAAUUUUGGGAAACAACACGCAGGGUGAGUAAUAUGGAAAUAAAACAAAAUGGGAGUAUGAGGGAAGUCCAGGUGAGGAGGGGGGGAUAUGGAAAAUUGUUAGAGAAAUAUUGUUAGAGGAUGUAUACAUGAAAACACCAAUAAAAAAUAUUUUUGAAAAAGAAAAACUAAUAAAAAAUAUUUUUGAAAAAGAAAAACUAAUAAAAAAUAUUUUAAGAAAGAAAGAAAGACGAUCAAUGCCCAGAGCAAUUUUAGCCAAGAAUGUGAACUGUUGGGAAAACCCUGGGAGUUUGUCUGUCUCCUGUGUCCUGUCUCUUGAUGGAUGAGGUGGCAGCUGGCCUGAUGAAUGGGAGACAGGUCAAGGUUAACAUAGCUGGAAUGGAAGCAAUGUGUUCCUUAGUGGACUAGGAAGCAAAACGGGCCGUCCCACUCUGCAAAGAGCUGCUGGGACUCACAUCAUGUUAUAUAAAACCCACACCGCUCCUUUUUCCUGUAUGGGGUACCCAAGAGCACAGCAUCUAGAGACCUUAAGUGGGUUCCCUAUCACAGGGGUGGCCAACUCCCAAGAGACUGUGAUCUACUCACAGAGUUAAAAACUGGCAGUGAUCUACCCCCUUUUGGGAGGAGGAAAGCCUGUUUUUGGGGGGGGGUUCAGGUCUAAGUGGGAGACCUUUUUUUAGGGAGGAAAGUUGUUGAGGUUUUUUUUUUUUGAGGAUGGAGAAAAUAAUAGAGGCCAACCAGAGAAUAUUGAGAAGCACAGCAGCUAGGCUAUUGGCUAUUAUGUGUGACCUCCCAUUCUAAAAAGACCAUAAAAUCAAAGAACAUCCAAUUGCCGUAUUUUUUCGUGUAUAACACGCUCCCGUGUAUAAGAUGCCCCCUAUUUGGGGGGACUCAAAUUUAAGAAAACAGGGCCCCUUUUUAAACAUUUUUUUAAGUAAAAAAAAACCCCUAGUCUUAUACAUGGAAAAGUACAGCACCUAGGCAAUGGAUUCUUUGGAUCCUGAACAACCAGGACUUCUUAGAAAGAGACGGAAAAGUCAACGGACAAACAAAACUGUUUGGUUUACAAGGCCGCACAGAGCUGGCCCUGGAACAGCAUAGUUUGGAUAUUUCAAGCCCUUGUUUGGGAGAAGAGAAGGCUUGACUUGAUUCCGACAACCUCCCAGGCCCCGUGCUAGAUCUCAAACACCGUCUUUCAGAACGUGGGGUUUCAAAUAUAUUUUUUCCGUGUCCAAGAGGUCCUCCUGGCUGUUUUUUUUAAAACGUUGGUUUCCUGCUCUCUGCUGUGAUGGUCUCCUUGUCGAGAAUCACCCAGUUAGGUGUUUAUUGAUCCAUGUAACGUUGGGAAAUGUCAAUCACUUCUCCUACCUGGGCAGUUCUCUUUCCACAAGGGCCGAUGUUGAUGCUGAAAUCCAGCACUGCCUGAACUCUGCGAGUGCAGCUUUCUCCCGAUUGAAGGGCAGAGUGUUUGAGAACCGGGACAUUUGAGGAAAAACCCAAAUUUGCUAUGGUACUACCAACCUGACUGUCUGCUUGUGAAACACAGACCACUUAUCAACGCUGUCUCCAACUCCUUGAAAGAUUCCAUCAACGGGGUCUCCAAAAAAUUUGGGAAGACACAGGCAAACUGUACUGGAAGAAGCAAAAAUUGCCAGUGUCGAAGUGACGAUUCUUCAACAUCAACUUCUUGAAUUCUGACAAGACAAAAGUAUUCUGUUGGGGGGACAGUGUGUGUGUGUGUGUGUGUGUGUGUGUGUGUGUGUGACUCCCUGGUCCUGAAUGGGGCAAAUGUGCCCCUGAAGGACCAGCUGCACAGCCUGGGGGUCAUUUUGGACCCAUGGGGGCACAGGUCCAUUCUGUGUCCAGGGCAGCUCCAUCUGGGACACAGGAUGAGACCCCACCUGCCCAGAGCAGUGCAUGCUCUGGUUAUCUCCCGCUUGGACUACUGCAAUGCGCUACGUGGGGCUACCUUGGAAGGUGACCUGGAAACUUAAACUAAUGCAAAAUAUGUUGGAAAAACGCUCUGGGGGAAAUGGCAACCCCCCCCCCCGACCUCUGAGCGUCUCCCAGUAGGCACGUCUCUGGAAUGGCAUGUCCCUUCAUCUCCAUAGUGCCUCUCUGCGACACUUUUCAUCUGAAAAGUGCACACAAGUCUUCUAGCAUCACACAGCAAGAAGAAAGAAACAUCCGUAGAUCUAAACUACAUUUUAUUUAGAUUCUAUACAGACAAUCCAUAAUCACGUCUGUGUUCUCCAAGCUCUGGCAGAACAACAACUGUUGCAUACUGCAAAAGUGAAAGUACAGUUACAAUAACAUGCUCAGACGGAAGAGAUAAGACAGUCUUCCAUUAUCACACUCUUCUCAGACAUCUCAUGUGAUUUAUAUUAAUCACACCAGCAGCAUCGGCUGCAUAAAAAUUCUAACAUAAUGCAGCAGCCAGGCUGGUGACUGGGACCCCCGAGAUGACAUCCACUGGGCCCAAUUCAUAGCAUAUUAAUUUUUUUUACCUUCCUGUAAUAAAAAAAAAGGGGGGGAGGAUUUUAGUCUUCCCAAAAGGAAACCUUCCUCCGCGGAUCAACGUGAAGAGGAUGUCAGCAAGGUUGAAAAUUUUUCUGUAAAAUAAAGGAUUUGACCGGGACCACAUAACACCGGUCCUGAAAGACCUACAUUGGCUCCCUCCCAGGACGUUUCCAAGCACAAUUCAAAGUGUUGCUGCUGACCUUGAAAGCCCUAAACAGCCCAGUAGACCUGAAGGAGCAUCUCCACCCGGAGCAUCUCCACCCGAGGGCCUUCUGGUGGUUCCCUCCCUGUGAGAAGCGAGGUUACAGGGAACCAGGCAGAGGGCCUUCUCGGUAGUGGCGCCCGCCCUGUGGAACGCCCUCCUGUCAGAUGUCAAAGAGAUAAACAACUAUCUGAUGUUUAGAAGACAUCUGAAGGCAGCCCUCUUUAGGAAAGUUUUGAAUGACUGAUUGACUGAUGUUUUAAUGUAUUUUUAACCUUCUGUUGGAAGCUGCCCAGAGUGGUUGGGGAAACCCAGCCAGAUGGGUGGGGUAUAAGUAAUAAAUUAUUAUUAUUAUUAUUAUUAUUAUUAUUAUUAUUAUUGGCUGACCUUUGCUUCCUGUUACACAUUAUGAUAAGAUCUGGACAACUAAAGGUGGACCCAUGUGUGGGAAUGAGUUUUAUUCUUAGGCAGGCAUAGGCAACCUUUGGCCCUCCAGAUGUUUUGGCCUACAACUCCCAUGAUCCCUAGCUAACAGGACCAGUGGUCAGGGAUGAUGGGAAUUGUAGUCCAAAAUAUCUGGAGGGCCAAAGGUUGCUUAUGCUUGUCCCACACCAUGUUCCGAGCUGCAGGUGCUUUUCCCAUUUGCCGUGCACCGACCAUGUGCUUCGCUGUCUCCCUCCCUGCCUCCUUUGCCCUAAAUAAUAACUUCUUCUUCUUCUUCUUCUUCUUCUUCUUCUUCUUCUUCUUAUUCUUAUUAUUAUUAUUAUUAUUACAGGGCCUACCAGCUACACGGUGGGCACCAUGUCAGAGCGCUUUGAUUGCCACUAUUGCCGGGACAACCUGCACGGGAAGAAGUAUGUGCAGAAGGAAGGGCGCCACUGCUGCAUCAAAUGCUUCGAGAAGUUCUGCGCAAACACCUGCACCGAGUGUAAGAAACCCAUCGGGGCCGAUUCCAAGGUGGUUAUUUUAAUAGUUUGCUUGUUUGCUUAAUGCAAGCAUAGGCAAACUUGGCCCUCCAGAAGUUUUGGGACUACAAUUCCCAUCAUCCCACCACUGGUCCUGUUAGCUAGGGAUCAUGGGAGUUGUAAUCCCAAAGCAUCUGGAGGGCCAAGGUUGCCUAUGCCUGGCUUAAUGGAUAUUUCUAUCCCACACUUCCCCACCCCCCCUAAAGAAGUGUGGGGCUGUUUAGGGAGGCGGGAGAGGACCCGCUGUUUAAUACAGGCAUAGGCAAACUCGGCCCUCCAGAUGUUUUGGGAGUACAAUGCCCAUCAUCCCAAGCUAACAGGACCAGCAGUCAGGGAUGAUGGGCAUUCUAGUCCCCAAGCAGCACACAUGAAAAACUGUAAACAAAUCCUUAUUUCCUGAUGAAUAGCCUUUGGAUUCUGGACACAUGGUCAGCAGACCCUGUGCACCUUCCACCGGACAUUCAAUGGAAUGGCUUUCACCCCACCAGCAACCUAACAAAGAACCAAUCUAUGCAAUAAAUACAUUUUCUGUUUUGUUUUGUUUUUAAAUAAUAUUUAUUGAUAAUUUCAAGAUUGCAAGAAGAAUAAAAAAUAACAAACAACACUGUAAUACAAAAAAAAAGUAAAAAGAAAAAGAAGACAAUAAAAAAAGAGAAAAGCACAAAAUGUAAAAAAGAGAAAAAAGAGAAAAAACACAAAUCCCAAAUUGUAUAUCCAUAAUUUCCAUUUGCUUGUUUCAUUGACCUCCUCACACCUCUGUUUUUGUAUUCUAGUUUAGUAAUUAUUUCAGCAAAUUCUUUCCAUCUUUCUCAAUUUUUGUUCUAAAAUUUAUCCUAACAAUUUAACCUAAUAAUUAACUCAACAAAUCCUUACCAUCUUUCCCCAUAUUCUAUUUUUCAGAUUACCUUAAUUUAUUUAACCUUAUCUUACCCCUAAGUGCCUUAAAACUUAAAUCUUAAAUUUCAAAUAUUCAUAACUCCUAAUAUCAUUUCUGCUAGAGUCGUAUAGUUUCAUUCCCACAUUUUCCUAAUUUUCAUUAGCUGAUUCUAAAAUAAAAAGUUUCCAUUAUAAAUUCUCUUCCAAUCAUCAUCCAGCGUCUCUUCUUCCUGGUCUCGGGUCAUGUCAGUCCUUAUUGUCCUUAUUGUCCAUUCCGUCUAGUCCAUCAACCUGGAAGCCUUAUGUCCGAGGCCCUUAAGUCUCUUUCAUGUCCCUUUUGCAAUUCUUCUUCAUCUUGUUUAUGCUUGCCCUUUUCCUUGUCUCUUGUUCUCUGUCUUAAUUUCUUUCCUUUCUCGUUGAGGAGUAGGUCUCUGGGGGAUGCCACCCGAAAAUUGUCUCCAUCACCCUUCAUCCAGCUCACCCAUUCCCCACAGUCCCACUCCCCACAGUCCUCGAUGUAAUCCAAAAUGAAUUUAAAAUCAAAUUUCAGAAUCUCUCCAAAGCUAGAAGUCUCCUCAUCUCCAGACUCCCCUUGGCCCACUCCAGCUUCAAUCUUCAAUAACAGUGGCUUAUGCUCCUGUGGGACCUCGGGUCUCUCCAUUUGUACUAUUUGAGGUGCAGCCGCAUCCUCCUCCAUUGUCAACUGCACUUGCCCAGUCGGUACAGAUUGAUAGGUUGGUUCUUGGAUGAUUUCUGUAUCAGUGUUAUUAACCACAACAGUCAAAUCCAAUUUCUCAAUCAUCAAAUCCAUCUUUUCAUGCAUCUGUUCCAGCAGAGCAUUUGUCUUGCAUAGAGCAAGCAGCCAGUCUUUCUCCCAGCUCAUCUUUGUUCAAGGUCGAAAAAGUCUGUUCCCAUUGAAAAAGGGACACGACAAGGUUGCCCAAUUUCCCCUCUUCUUUUUAUUUCGGUCCUGGAGGUUUUGCUGAAUAUGAUUAGAAGGGACCAGUUGGUUAAAGGUAUACAGGUCGGAAUUAAACAGUACAAAUUGAGAGCAUUUGCAGAUGACUUAGUAUUGACGUUACAGGAGCCAGAAUCUAGUACUAAAAGGGUUUUAGAACUGAUUCAAGAAUUUGGUCAAGUGGCAGGAUUUAAAUUGAAUAAGUCAAAAACCAAGGUUUUAGAGAAAAAAUUUAACACCGAUUGAAAGAGAGAGGUUUCAGAAUGAGACAGGUUUAAGAGUGGUUAAGAAAGUUAAAUAUCUGGGGAUUAACAUGACAGCAAAAAUGGGAACUUAUUUAAAGAUAACUAUGAAAAAUGCUGGUCUGAAGUGAAAAAAGAUCUAGAAAUUUGGUCAAAUUUGAAGCUUUCACUGCUGGGCCGUAUUGCUGCGAUAAAAAUGAAUGUAUUGCCUAGAAUGUUGUUUUUGUUCCAAACUUUGCAGAUUGUGGACAAAAUGGAUUGUUUCAAGAGGUGGCAGAAAGAUAUUUCUAAAUUUGUCUGGCAGGGCAAGAAGCCCAGAAUAAAAUUUAAAAUACUAACAGAUGCAAAGGAAAGAGGUGGAUUUGCCCUGCCAGACCUUAAACUUUAUUAUGAAUCAGCAGCUUUUUGCUGGUUGAAAGAAUGGCUACUCCUUGAAAACACUGACAUUUUGGACUUGGAAGGUUUUAAUAAUGUAUUUGGAUGGCAUGCAUAUCUAUGGUAUGAUAAGGUCAAAGCACAUAAAGCAUUUAGAAACCACAUUGUCAGGAAAGCGCUAUUUAAUGUUUGGUUAAGAUAUAAGGAUUUGUUAGAAAACAAAACCCCAAGGUGGCUGUCACCAAUGGAAGCGAAAGCCUUGAAAAAGCUCAAUAUGGAGGUCAAAUGGCCGAAAUAUUGGGAAAUUUUGGAACAAGACGGAGAUAGAUUGAAAUUGCAGAGUUUUGAAAAACUAAACAACAAAGUGCGAGACUGGCUUCAUUAUUAUCAGAUAAUGGAGGUAUUUAAAUUGGACAGGAAAAUUGGCUUCCAGGUGGAAAGAUCCAAAUUAGAAACAGAAUUGUUAGAACCCAAGACUAAGAACUUGUCAAGAAUGUAUAACUUGCUGCUGAAAUGGAAUACUCAGGAUGAAACGGUAAAAUCGGCUAUGAUUAAAUGGGCACAGGACAUUGGACAUAACAUUAUGUUUGCUGACUGGGAACAGUUAUGGACCACAGGUAUGAAAUUUACGGCAUGUAAUGCCUUAAGAGAGAAUAUUAUGAAAAUGAUAUACAGGUGGUACAUAACCCCAGUCAAGCUUGCGAAAAUCUAUCACUUGCCCGAUAACAAAUGUUGGAAAUGUAAAGAAACUGAAGGUACAUUUUUUCACCUUUGGUGGACGUGCCCAAAGAUUAAGGCUUUCUGGGAAAUGAUAUAUAAUGAAUUAAAAAGGUAUUAAAGUAUACCUUCCUAAGAAACCAGAGGCCUUUCUCCUGGGCAUAGUCGGCCAAAUGGUGUUAAAAAGGAUAGAACUUUCUUUAUGUAUGCAACAACAGCAGCAAGAAUACUCAUCGCAAAGUAUUGGAAAACACAAGAACUUCCCACGCUGGAGGAAUGGCAGAUGAAACUUAUGGACUAUAUGGAAUUGGCGGAAAUGACUGGUAGAAUCCGUGACCAGGGAGAAGAGUUGAUGGAGGAAGAUUGGAAGAAAUUCAAAGACUAUCUUCAGAAACACUGCAAAAUUAAGGAAUGUUAGAGUGAUGUUGGACUGAAAACAAGAGCUUUCCAGCUGUACAGGUUAAAGUUAAUGAUAGACUAAGAUUAAAGAUUAAGAUUAAAGAUGUUUAAAGAAACGGAAAUUUGAUAUUAAGAGGGAAAAUUUUAAUGGUAUAUGAUAUUAAGACCAAGGAUUAGGUUUAAAGAAGUUGAAGUUAUAUAUUUUAAUAUCUUAUCAAAUUAAAGAUUGGGAUUAAAAAAGUGGAAAAGAAACUGCUGGACAAAUAAUUUGGAUUGGAAUACAAAAGAGGGAGGUAUGAGGAAGUCCAGAAAAUAAGCAACUAAAAAACGGAAAUGAAACAGAGAUAUUGUUUUUAAUUGCUAUGUUUCUUGUAUUUUUAUUGUUGAAUCUUGCUUUUGUUUUUUUUUGUUUUUUGUGUUUUUGUUAUAUGUAUUGUGUAUGUUUUUCUUUUAUUUCUUUGUUGUUUAAAACUUUAAUAAAAAUUACUUUAAAAAAAAAAAAAAAGUCUGUUCCCACAGUCUUAAUCUCACAGAUGUUGGGUCUCAAAUAUGCUGCAACAACAAUUUAGCAAGCUCCCUCUAGAGGAGACAAUCUACUUGUAACCAUUUUUUUUUUUUAUAAGACAAAGGAAAGUUACUUUCACUUUUCAAAUAUUUCAGACGUUUUUCAGAUAUUUAGUUUCUUUAAGAUGCAAAAGGCAACAUUAGAAUCAACUUGUUUCUCUUCAUUGGCUAUCUGUCAAAAUGUUACGUUCACCGUCAAUGAACCUCAGCAACAGUUUCUGUCUCUGACACCCCGUUCCCAGGUUAGAGAUGAUGGAAACUUAUCCUUCUUCACUCCCUCUCCUGCUAGAGUUAAACAGUUCAGUGGUUCUAAAUGAAGGAAAUUUAGUCCUUUUUUGACAGCUUCCCGGCUUUAGCUUGCAAAAUUUUUGCUUUAGUCUAUAUACAAAGAAACGGAAGGCGGACUUCCUGUUUACACCUUCCCGCUUCAUUACCAAAUUAAAACAAUUUCUUGAUCCAAUUUUCCAUUUCUACCAUUUCUACUCACGGGUACUUGUUUUAAAUCCAAUUGUCCACAGGAAAAAGUCAGCGCUCUCUGGCAAUGGCUGUGCAGCUUCACUCCGUGAAAGUAGCAGUCAGUUCAUAGCACCGCGCUUCUCACCCCACUUUGCUCCGGAGCCCCCAGAUGGGAUUCCCCAUGAGUAGGGGGGCGCUUCUGGUGCCCUGCCGAACCCCACGUUCCCAGGCUUCCUCCGCCUGGGAUUUCUAGCGGGUCCCCACCUUCGCCGCGGCGGGAAGACCCAGUUUUCACGGAGCCCGUUCCUCCGGUCGGAGGAGCUCCGCCAUUCACCAGUGGCGCUAACCCGGAAGUCCAAUAAAUAAAUACAUUUUCUGGACACUACUAUAAAAAGACAGGAUGGGCACAUAAACACAUUUUUUUUUAUAUUUCUUCUUAACUUGCGCUAGCAAGUCCCUUUGCUGAGCAGAGUGCAUUCCCCUUUUGAAUGCACAGCGGCUGGCUUGAGGCAAGCUUCUCACACAGGAAGGGAUGAUCUACCGGUAGAUCUGUGGCCGAUCCUGGUAGAUCGCCAAAUCCUUAUUGUGUACAAAAAGUUACUGCGGUAGGGGAGAGCUACAAAAAAACUCUGUGCAAUCCUCCCCACAACACAAUCUUGCCUUUAAAUGGGAAACAGUGAAAAUCAUUGGGUGAGGACUUCCGGGGUGGCGCCAUCGGUAAUGGCGGAUUCCCUCUGAUUUGGAGGGAACCGGCUCUACGGAAAUCGGGUCUGUACCGCUAUGGCGCAGUGGGGACCCUUCAAAAAUCACAGGCGGGUGAAGACUGUGACCGUGGGACUCGGCGGGCACCGUUUGCGCCCCCCCAAUUGGCAAAGGAGCCUGGCAACGGGCUCUGGAGCGGAGCGGGGAAGUGGCGCGGUGCUGUGAGUCGUCUGCUUCUUCCGUGGAGCGAAGCCACGCAGCUGUUGCCGGAGAGCGCUGCCUUUUUCCUGGGACAAUUUGGCUGUAAAACAAUGAUCCAUGAGUAGGCUAACUUCGGAAUUAAGGGAACUUUACAAAUUCUAUGAAUAAUUUGGCACCAAAGCGGAGAGGCAUAAACAGGAAGUCUGCCUUCCGUUCUUGUAAAUAGAGUAAAGCAAUGAACUUGAAAGCGGAAGCUUUAAAAGACGCUGGUAAAGGAUUAUAAUUCGAGCAUCAAAACAGUGAUUUCCCCCCCUUGACUGCAGGGGAGGAGGGGGGAGAAGAUUUGAACAUUAUUUCCCUGCAAAAAAGAGAGAAAGAGGAGCUAAAAUCCACUGCUUAAAACCCUGGGAACGGGCUGUCAAGGGACAUUGAUACUGCCGUAUUGGGAAACGCGCUGUCAAAAGACAAUGUAACUUUCUGACAGCUAGCUCUGCAAGAGGGAUACUUUGACUUUGAAAAGUUCCACUGGAUUUGAAACUGUUGCCAUUUGUGGCUAAGGGGGGAUCUUUGAAAGUUGGAUAGUUAUUUUAUUGUUACAAUUUGGAACUGCUACUGUGUCCCCCUAGAGGAACUUUGAAAUUGCUACAACUGGCCAGGGAAUUUUCCACUUUGAAUUGGCUAGACUAAAGGGGAAUUUUCCACCACAAACAAGCAAGUGUGGGACUGACCUUGACUCUUAGAUAAAGUGUUAUGGCAGACUCGAUUCAGGAAAAAACAACAAGAUCUGGCAAAAUUAGACAGCAGCAGCGUAGACCAUCAGUACCCAGCCUUCCGGCCCCACCAGGGGAAGGUUUAGCCCAGGUGGCCUCCAAAGGAAUGGCAGCUGAAGGGGGUUUAUCUUCGGCCUUAGAUAAAAUUUUUGAAUCUUUGGAAAAGUUGAGUAAACAAGUGGCUGAAGCGACAACUAAAAUUGAUCAAAAUACAACAAGCAUUAAUAACUUGGGGCAGAAGGUGAAUUCAAAUACAGAAUCAAUUGAGAAACUGCUGCAGGAAUCUACUUUGAAUCGAAAAACAGCUGAAGAGGCCAAGCAAAAAGCAUUGGCUGUAGAGGAAAAGAUAGAGGAAAAGAUUCCACCGAUAUGCAAGCAGCUGGAGGACCAUAAGUCAUUGCUGUCUAUGAUCGAAUUGAAAGAAAAACAGACAAAUCUAAGGGUCAGGGCUGUACCUGAACUUGAGAAAGAUAACCUGAGUGACUUUCUUACGCAGGAAUUUACUGAUUUUUGGGAUCUAGAACCAGACAAGCCAGAUUUCAAGAUACUAAGUGCCUUCAGACUUGGAAGAGGGGGGAGAAAGGACAGGGUGAGAGACUGUCUGAUUACCCUCUGAUCAAGAGAGGAGAGAGACAGAAUAUUGAGUUUGCACUUCCAGAAGACCUUGGAAAUAAAGGGAUCAAAAGUGGAGAUAUUUAAGGACUUCCCUAAACAUCUCUUGGAUCUCAGGUCUAACUACGGAGACUUGGUGGCCCUGCUAAGAGCAAAUAGAAUCAUCUUUAGGUGGGAAUUCCCUCAAGGCCUAUCCUUCACCUUUAAAGGGGAAAAGUUCAAAAUAAGAUCAGUGGGACAAAAAGAAACAUUUCUGAAAGAUCACGAAGAAGACUUACAAAAAGAAACUGGAAAAGAGCCCAGAGCUUUAAAACCAGGAAUACAGGACAUAGUAUCACUACCUUCGGGAUUGGACAAGCUAGAGAAGGUGAUACCACCAACAGAACAAGAGCAACUACUUGGUGCAGUCGGAGGAAAAGCAAAAUAAAUACAUCAUGUCUCUGCAACUCUUAAGUUGGAAUAUCCAUGGAUUUAAUUCCCCAGAGAAAAGGAAAAAAGUCUUUCAUCUAUUGAAAAAGGAACAAUUGGACUUGAUUUGUUUGCAGGAAACCCAUGUGAUAAGGCUCCACAGGAAAGUACUGAUUAAUAAAAGAUUGGGCCAGGAGUUUAUUUCAUCGGAUAAUGUCAAAAAGAGAGGAGUUGUAAUUUAUGCGAAAGAGAGCCUAUCGCCUAAAUUUAUUUUUAAAGAUGAUCAAGGAAGAUAUGUGGCAAUCGAAAUUCAAACACAAGGAGAAAGAUUUCUGAUAGUAGGAGUAUAUGCUCCAAAUGAGGGGAAAUCUGAAUUUUACAAGAAGUUGCAUGUGACAUUGAUGGACUAUAUGGAUUACAACAUUAUAAUGAUGGGAGACAUGAACGGAGUGGUAUCUACAAAUAUGGACAAGUCUCAGAGACAGGUAGUUACCAAAGAUGGCAGACUACCAAAAACCUUUUUCGAGAUGACUGACAAUAUGGACUUGAUUGACAUUUGGAGAAUAAAGAACCCCCUGGCUAGGGAGGGAACCUUCUUCUCUGAAGCCAAAAUGACAUGGACAAGAAUUGACCAAAUUUGGAUUACUAGAGGACUGGCACCUAAGACUCGAAAAGUGGAAAUUUGCCCUAAAACUUGCUCCGACCAUAAUGCCGUGAAAAUGGAGAUGAAAUUAACACCUACCGGCUCCUUCAGAUGGAGGAUGAAUGACACCUUGUUUAGAGAUCAAGAAAUUACCAAGAAGGCCCAGAAAACCUUGAGAGACUACUUUGAGAUAAAUAUGAACACCACCAUUGAAAAAAGAGUAAUCUGGGAAGCAAGCAAAGCAGUUAUGAGAGGGUUUCUAAUUCAACAGAAUGCAAUAAAGAAGAGAACUCAAAAUGAGAAAAAAGAUAAAAUCUUGGAAAAAAUAAAAGAGGGGGAGAAGAAACUGAGAGCGAAACCCAAAUCACAAGAGAUUCUGUGAGAAAUAAAGUUAUACCAAGUUCAAUAUAUGAAGAUGAUGAAUCAGGAAAUAGAAUGGAAAAUUAAACAGAUGAAACAAAGGACAUUUGAAUCGGCUAAUAAAUGUGGAAAACUGUUAGCAUGGCAAAUGAAAAAAAGACAAAAACUUAACACCAUUACCAACUUGGAAGUGGAAGGAAAGAACAUCCAGAAUCCAGUGGAAAUUAGAAAAUGCUUCCAGAGGUACUUUAAACAACUAUACACACAAGGGCCACAGAAAGAGUGCGACUUAGACAAAUUUUUAAAAACAAAUGGGCUUCAAAAAAUCUCUCAAGAAAAUAAGCUAAUGUUGAACUAUAAAAUAACAGAACAGGAGGUGGAAGGUGCCAUCCAGAACAUGCAGCUGGGCAAAUCUCCAGGGCCAGAUGGUUUAACCUCCAAAUACUAUAGAUCUUUGAAGGACUGGAUAAUUCAACCAUUAAAGGAGGUUUGUAACGAAAUCUUAGAGGGGAAAAAAGCGCCAGAGUCAUGGAAAGAAGCUUAUAUUACACUAAUACCGAAAAAUGAGACUGAAAAGACGCAACUUAAGAACUACCGCCCCAUAUCCCUGCUCAAUGUGGAUUACAAAAUUUUUGCAGAUAUUUUGGCUAAAAGGUUAAAAAAGGUAUUAGUAGAAGAGAUCCAUAAAGACCAAGCUGGCUUUCUCCCAGGCAGACACUUGUCAGACAACACAAGGAAUAUAAUUGACAUUUUGGAGAUGCUGCAAGUAAAUAUUAACACUAAAGCAGUUUUAAUUUUUGUUGAUGCGGAGAAAGCCUUUGAUAAUAUUUCUUGGAGCUUCAUGAAGAAAAAUCUUCAGGGGAUGGGAGUGGGUCAAGGGUUUGAAAAUGGUAUAAGUGCAAUAUACUCAGAACAAAAAGCUAAGUUAAUAGUUAAUAAUGUGGUAACAGAGGAAUUUAAGAUAGAGAAAGGGACACGACAAGGCUGCCCAAUUUCCCCAUUGCUUUUAUUUCGGUCCUGGAGGUUUUGCUAAAUAUGAUUAGAAGGGACCGUCUGAUUAAAGGUAUACAGGUCGGAGCUAAACAGUACAAAUUGAAAGCUUUUGCAGAUGAUUUGGUAUUGACGUUACAGGAGCCAGAAUCUAGUACUAAAAGAGUAUUAGAAUUGAUUCAGGAAUUUGGUCAUGUGGCAGGAUUUAAGUUGAACAAGUUAAAAACUAAGGUGCUUGAGAAAAAUCUAACACCGAUCGAGAAAGAGAGGUUUCAGAAGGAGACAGGUUUAACAUUGGUUAAGAAAGUUAAAUACUUGGGGGUUAAUAUGACUGCUAAGAAUUUAAACCUAUUUAAAGACAAUUAUGAGAAAUGUUGGUUAGAAGUGAAAAAGGAUUUAGAGAUAUGGUCAAACUUGAAGCUUUCCUUGUUAGGCCGAAUUGCUGUUAUAAAGAUGAAUGUAUUGCCAAGAAUGUUAUUUCUCUUUCAAUCAUUGCAAAUUGUGGACAAAAUGGACUGUUUCAAGAAGUGGCAGAGAGAUAUUUCAAAAUUUGUCUGGCAGGGCAAAAAGCCUAGAAUAAAAUUCAAAAUACUAACUGACGCAAAGGAUAGAGGUGGAUUUGCCCUGCCAGACCUCAGACUCUAUUAUGAAUCAGCAGCAUUCUGCUGGUUGAAAGAAUGGCUGCUUCUUGAAAACACAGACAUUUUGGAUUUAGAAGGUUUCAACAAUGUUUUUGGGUGGCAUGCAUAUUUGUGGUAUGACAAGGUUAAAGCACAUAAAGCAUUUAAAAACCAUAUUGUCAGAAAAGCAUUGUUAAAUGUCUGGAUAAGAUACAAGGACUUAUUGGAAAACAAAACCCCUAGGUGGUUGUCACCGAUGGAAGCAAAGGCUCAGAAAAGGCUCAAUAUGGAGGCCAAAUGGCCGAAAUAUUGGGAAAUCUUGGAACAAGAUGGAGAUAGAUUGAAACUGCAGAGUUUUGAAAAACUAAAAAACAAAGUGCGAGACUGGCUUCAUUAUUAUCAGAUAAUGGAGGCAUACAAUUUGGACAAGAAAAUUGGCUUCCAGGUGGAAAAAUCAAAACUAGAAACAGAACUGUUAGAACCCAAAACUAAGAAUUUGUCAAGAAUGUAUAACUUGCUGUUGAAAUGGAAUACUCAGGAUGAAACGGUGAAAUCUGCUAUGAUUAAAUGGGCACAAGAUGUUGGACAUAAUAUUAUGUUUGCUGACUGGGAACAGUUAUGGACCACAGGUAUGAAGUUUACGGCAUGUAAUGCCCUAAGAGAGAAUAUUAUGAAAAUGAUAUACAGGUGGUACAUGACCCCAGUCAAGCUUGCAAAAAUCUACCAUUUGCCCGAUAAUAAAUGUUGGAAAUGUAAAGAAACUGAAGGUACAUUCUUUCACCUUUGGUGGACGUGCCCAAGGAUUAAGGCUUUCUGGGAGAUGAUAUAUAAUGAACUGAAAAAGGUAUUUAAAUAUACCUUCUUGAAGAAACCAGAGGCCUUUCUCCUGGGCAUAGUCGGUCAAUUGGUGCCAAAGAAGGACAGAACUUUUUUUAUGUAUGCCACAACAGCAGCAAGAAUACUUAUCGCAAAGUAUUGGAAGACACAAGAUUUACCCACUCUGGAAGAAUGGCAGAUGAAAAUGAUGGACUACAUGGAAUUGGCGGAAAUGACUGGCAGAAUCCGAGACCAGGGAGAAGAGUCGGUGGAAGAAGAUUGGAAGAAAUUUAAAGACUAUUUACAGAAAUAUUGUAAAAUUAAUGAAUUUUAGAAUGAUGUUGGAUUGAAGUUAAGUGGUUUCUAGCUGUAAUGGUAUAAAAGAAUAUGGAAAAAUUGGAUUUUCAAUACGUAAAAAUUUAAUGCCAUAAUAUAUUAAGAUUAAAGAUCAGGAUAAAAUAAGGAGGGAAAGGAAUUGCUGAACUAAUAAAUUGAACUGGAAUACAAAAAAGGGAGGCAUGAGGAGGUCCGGGAAACAAGUAAAUGAAAGAUAUGUGAUGAAAAGAUGGAACUGUUUUUAAUUGUGUGGGGUUUUUUUUGUAUUUUGGAUUUUUCUUUUCUUUAUUUUUUUUUGUUCUUAUCUAUGUAAUAUUUUUUUGAAACCUCAAUAAAUAUCUUUAAAAAAAAAAAUCAUCGGGUGGAGGGGAAAUGUGUAGAGAAAUUGGAACGGAAGCUGAAUAAGCUAAGGCUGUCAGAUAGAUAGAUAGAGAGAGAGAGAGAGAGAGAGAGAGAGAGAUGAUAGAUGAUAGAUAGAUAGAUAGAUAGAUAGAUAGAUAGAUAGAUACAUCAGGACCAGGGAGUCCCCCCCACCUGCCCCCCCACAACCAGACUUCUGUCUUGUCAGGAUUCAACCUCAGUUCUGCUGCCUUCUCCUCCUCCCUCCUUCCAGGAACUGCAUUUCAAGAACCGCUACUGGCACGAGAACUGCUUCCACUGCUUUAAGUGCUCUGUGUCUCUGGUCAAUGAGCCCUUCAUGCUGAAGGAGCACAACAAAGUGUGGUGCAACAAGUGCACUAUGGAUCAGGCCCCCCACUGCAAGGGCUGCCAGAAGCCCAUCGUGGCAGGUAGGACUCGUCUCGGCUGCCUUGCAACCCUUUGCUUCUUGCGCCCCUCGAUCAUGGAGCAUUGCCCUGGGACGGCCAGCAGGCUUACGGAACAUUUCUCUUACCAAGAUACUUACAUAACAUGAAUUCAUUUUUAACUUUGCGCACAAAACCAGGGCUGUCUUGAGUAUGAGCACUGCUGGGAUGCAAAGACCCACCCAGCGACCCCGUAAUAAUAAUAAUAAUAAUAAUAAUAAUAAUAAUAAUAAUAAUUAUUAUUAUUAUUAUUAUUAUUUAUUUCUACCCCGCCCAUCUGGCUGAUUUCCCCCAGCCACCCUGGGUGGCUCCCAAUCAAGUGUAAAAAAACAAUACAGCAUUAACAGGGCUGCCUUCAGAUGUCUUUUAAAAAUAGGAUAGCUGCUACUUUCCUUGACAUCUGAUGGGAGGGUGUUCCACAGGGUGGGCGCCAAUACCGAGAAGCCCUCUGCCUGGUUCCCUGUAACCUCACUUCUCGCAAUGAGGGAACCACCAGAAGUCCUUCAUGGUGGAGACACUCCUUUGGGUAUACAGGACUGAGGCCGUUUAGGGCUUUAAAGGUCAGCUCCAACACUUUGAUUUGUGCUCAGAAACGUCCUGGGAGCCAAUGCAGAUCUCUCAGGACCGGUGUUAUGUGGUCCUGGCAGCCUCUCCCAGUCCCCAGUGUAGAUGCCGCAUUCUGGAUUAGUUGUAGUUUCCGGGUCACCUUCAAAGGUAGCCCCACGUAGAGUGCAUUGCAGUAGUCCAAGCGGGAGAUAACUAGAGCAUGCACCACUCUGGCGACACAGUCUGUGGGCAGGUAGGGUCUCAGCCUGCGUACCAGAUGGAGCUGGUAGACAGCUGCCCCGGACACAGAAUUGACCUGCGCCUCCAUGGACAGCUGCGAGUCCAAAAUGACUCCCAGGCUGCGCACCUGGUCCUUCAGGGGCACAGUUACCCCAUUCAGGACCAGGGAGUCCUCCACACCAGCCCACCCCCUGUCCCCCAACAACAGUACUCCUGUCUUGUCAGGAUUCAACCUCAAUCCAUUAGCCGCCUUCCAUCCUCCAACUGCCUCCAGGCACUCACACAGGACCUUCACUGCUUUCACUGGUUCCAAUUUAAAAGAGAGGUAGAGCUGGGUAUCAUCCGCAUAUUGAUGGACACCCAGCCCCAGCCCCCUGAUGAUCUCUCCCAGCGGCUGCAUGUAGAUGUUAAAAAGCAGAGGACAGAACCCUGAGGCACCCCACAAAUGAGGGCCCUGGGAUCUGAACACUCAUCCCCCAUCACAACUUUCUGGACAAAAGUUAGUUUAGCCCUUCACACAUGCACCACUGGGGUGCAAAAACCCGCCCAGCGCCCCCAAAAUUUAGUUAAUUUUGCACGCACGGCACCACGGAGAAUGGCAAGUGCCACCGUAGAGUCGGACAAGCGCCACCAUUGUGAAUGACAAGCACCACAGCUUUGGUAAAUGAGCACACAAAAUCGAAAGUCCUCGAGUGAAACAGUAGAUCUACAUUUUGGGAAUACCUAGGUAUAGAUGUCUUUUGUUUUUCUAGCUCUGGCAUAGGCAAGCUCGGCUCUCCAGAUGUUUGGGGACUACAACUCCCAUCAUCCCUGUCCACUGGUCCUGUUAGCUAGGGAUGAUGGGAGUUGUAGUCCCCAAACAGCUGGAGGACCGAGUUUGCCAACACCUGUUCUAGCUUUAUUAAAAAUUAUCGUAUUUCCCCGUUUAUAGGACUAGGUUCCCCCCCUAAAAAAUAAUGUCAAAAAUGAGACGGCAUCUUAUACACGGAUCCAUCUCACCCCCCUCGUUUUCUUCAAUCUGAGUCCUCCCAAAUAGAGGGCAUCUUAUGCAUGGGGCCGUCUUAUAGACGGGGAAAUACAGCAGCUCUUAACAAAGCCAGAUGGCAAGAACCAUAUAAUCAAAACCAGAAAUCAGGUAGCUAUUGUGGAAAUAGGUAUUCUUCAUUGUCUGUUGGAAUAGAGUUUUCGGUGGGUAUUUAAAAGUGGAAACAGAGGGUUCCCACUGAAUCUCUGGUAGCAGAAUAUUCUGCAAUAAUGGUUUGUUUCCUUUUCAUUGUCAAAUGAACAUUCAGGCAUCAUUGCUUGCAGAAAGCAGAGUUGUGAACUGUUGCUCGGCUUUCUGAUUCACAUGGGAUUUAUGACCUGGAGGAGCACACAAGCAUUUUUCCAACCCCACCACACAAUAUUCAGUGUAAUAUAGUCCAAGAGAUUUAUUAUUAUUAUUAUUAAUUUUCAUCAUUAUUUCAUUUCAUUCUUAUGCAGAAUCUGCAGUGUCAGUUAUGACAUUGAUAAAAUCCCCAUUUCCUCUUUCAUUCUGUUUCUGUGACUUUCCUCCGCCACAACACGAGAGUCUUUCAUAUAUUUUGAACUUGUCAUUGUAUGUGUGUGUGUCAAGCUUUUUUGAGGGAGGAGGAAAGCCCCAUUAAAAGGGGGCGGUUUAAAGUCACUCAGAAAAAGAUCGCUAUGGAUCAAAACAGCAGCACAGAGAAAACUCCGUCUUCCCUUCCAGAGAUCGUACAACAACGGAGGGCGGGGUGAGGGGGCAUGGCAGGAGUCAGUUUCAGCAAUGAGCCAGACAUCAACCGCUAUCUACCAAAACCUCAUGGGGAUCUACCAGUAGAUCACAAUCGACCUGUUGGACAUCCCUGCCCUAUCCCUAUCUCCUAUCCCUAACCCCUAUUCCUAUCUGUAACUCCUAUCUAUAACCCCUAUCCCUAUCCCCUAGUUUUUUGUGUUUUUAAUAUUCAAUUGGGAGCUGCCCAGAGUGACUGGGGAAACCCAGCCAGAUGGGCGGGGUAUAAGUAAUAAAUUAUUAUUAUUAUUAUUAUUAUUAUUAUUAUUAUUAUUAUUGCUGUCAGCUUGCCUUUCUUGAAUCACAAUUUUCUCAGCGCUAUGAAUUGCAUCAAUCUGGCAGCGAGCACCACCUCCUUCCCUCCCUCUCUUUGCAGGUGACCAGAAUGUGGAAUACAAGAAGACUGCCUGGCACAAGGAGUGCUUCACCUGCAGCCAGUGCAGGCAGGUGAUUGGCACCGCCAGCUUCUUCCCCAAGGGUGAUGAGAUUUAUUGCACCUCCUGCCAUGAGCAGAAAUUCGCCAAGACAUGCAUAAAGUGUAAGCAGGUAAGUUGGGCCGACCCCCCCCCCUCGCUUACCUGGAUCCCAUUCGGAUCCUGGCUUUCCUCCAAAGGGCUUAGAGCUGUGUUCAUUAUCAAAGUUUCCUCUGCUGGUUCAGAAGGAGGAAGAUGUGCCCACUCUCCUUUCGGCGCGGCCUAUCUUGGUGCAGUUCUUGAACGGAGGACAUAUGGUGGAGAUAAGGUCAGGGUCAAGGGACCCUGGAUGGUUCAGUCCAGUCCAAGGCGGCGAUGGGGUUGUGGCGCUCAUGGGGUUAGGGAUGUUGGGAUACUGCCAGGGAGACAAAGGCCAUCAUGCCUCCACUUCGUCUCAGGACGAUCCAUCAAUCUCCCGUAGAUACAGUAUCAGUCAAUUAGCGACACGAGCCUCGGAAAUAGCUGUCCACAUCUCAGGACUCAUGCACGCCCUUUUUGCAGAGUUCGCACACCGAAAGAUGCACUCAGGAGAGCAGCAUAUUUACAGCUUUAUUCAUCGGUGGUCAGAACAAAGGAAAAAACAUGACUGCCUGCCUGCUUGUCGAGGCACAGAGAGAGAACAAAAGCUAUAUACAAAACAGAGACUUCCUGUGAGCAGGAAAUACGCAGGCUGUGACUCACAACAGCCUGUCCCUUUUUUAAGGUGGAACGGAAAUAUCCUAACAAGGGAUAGGGCAGGCAUGUCCAACAGGUAGAUCGUGAUCACUGCCAGUUUUUAACUCUGUGAGUAGAUCGCAGUCUCUUGGGAGCUGGCCACCCCUGGGAUAGGGGAUGGGAAUAGGGGUGAUAGAUAGGGAUAGGGAUAGGAAUGAAUAGGUGAUAGGGAUAGGGAUAGGGAUAGGGGUUAGGGGUUAGGAAUAGGAAUAGGGGCUAGAGAUAGGAGUUAGGGAUAGGGAUAGGGAUAGGGGAUAGGGAUACGGCAGGGGUCAGCAAACAUUUUCAGCAGGGGACUGGUCCACUGUCCCUCAGACCUUGUGGGGGGCCGGACUAGAUUUUGAGAGGGGGGAAAUCAAUGAAUUCCUAUGCCCCACAAAUAACCCAGAGAUAUGUUUUAAAUAAAAGCACACAUUCUACUCAUGUCAAAACACGCUGAUUCCUGGACCGUCCGCCAGCCGGAUUUAGAAGGCAAUGGGGCCUUAGUUUGCUUACCCAUAGGAUAGGGGAAAGGGAUAGGGCAGGCAUGUCCAAAAUUCCAUUUUGGGGGCCUAAUCUGACCAGCCGGUCAAUUUAAUCUGGCCCGCAUGGCAGUAUAUGUCCUGGGGUAAAAUCCAAAAAAAACCUCAGCAACUUCAAUCCUAAAAAAAAUUCGUGAUUUAAAUCAUGACUGACUAGUAAUUUAAAUCACUAGUCAGUCAGACUUUAUUUAAAUCCUUUUUUUACAUAAAGGUUUGACCUUGCUGGCAUCCUCUUAAUAUUUACAAGCGAAGGAAAGUUUCCUUUUUGGAAUAAUAAAUUUUCAGAGUAGUUUUGACAGUUAAAUAAAAAAUGACUGAUUGGGGGGGGGCUGCUAGGGGCGCCUUGGAAGAUGGCCGACAAUACCAUCUCUCCGGCUCACACGGGGUAAUUUAGGGGCUGAUUAUGGGAGUACAAGAUGCAGCCUCGUCCGCGGCUGCCCGUAAAUCACCCCUGAGUUCGAAAGAAGGAGGGGGUGGGGCACUGGACGGAAAGCCCUCGAGUGAGCUCCGGAUCUCCCUGACGCUACUUCUGAGAGCGACGCUAGUUGCAUUACUUAAGAUUAACGAUUGGAUAUAAAAAGUAAAUGCACAUGUUUCGAGCGAAGGAAAGGAUAUUUUAACUGCUAAUUAAGCUAGCCACUGAGAAGUUAAAAGCGACGGAAAUGAACUGAACAGAAGAUUACCUCUAAGAAUUACAGCUAUGUCGGUAUGUGGAAACGGAACGGAAAGGAGGGGGAAGCUUCUUCUUUUAUUUACGAUACUGCCUAACAACCCCUCCCCUAGAAGAACCGUCACAUGACUGAUAGCAAGUGAGAUUGGAAAACAACUGUGUGGAAUAGACUGUGUGGAAACAAAAAUAUUAACUAAAGGCUUUGCUUUUUGGAAGAUAUGGAAAGAAAAUGAAAGGCUCUCUGAUGACACACUUAAUCGGGAUCCACAAUUAUGAGACCGACUAAGUUGCGAGAUUGAUAGUCAGAGGGGGAGGUGAGCCAUUGCUUUGUUAUCAUGUUUGGAUUGUGUCUUUGAGUCGACAAACCCUCCCCUGGAAAGACUGAUUUAUGGUGCAAUUGGUCUGGGAAAAAUAAUGAGCAGACACUUAAGACUUUAUUACAUCGGAACAGACUAAAAUGGCGCCUGCCACUCGAACAGGACUGUUGGAUCAGCGUGUGGUGAUUUAAGGAGAGCCUUACAAAGUUCACACAGAAAUAUAACAAUGUUUGGUUUAACUCGCCUGUGAAAACAACUCAGAGGCUAUUAAGAAGAAAAAUGAUAACAACAAGAAGACUGGAAGAUGGGAUUUGUGAAUAUCAAAAGCAGCAGAAAUAUGAGAUGAUUGGAUCCUUACUGAGCUCGAAACAUGGGAACCCCCAACAAAAAAUUUAAAAUUUGGCAAAAUAUUCGGAUUAUGUAAUAUGUAUUGGUAUAAUGUGGAAUAAUUAAUGUGAUAUGAUUGGAUUGUUAAAUGGAAAACUUAAUAAAAUUAUUAUUUAAAAAAUGACUGAUUUGGUUCUACUAUUAGAAAUACAUUGACAGAUAAUGAUGAAAUGAUGAUGAGUUAACUGUUUCUAUUUGGACAGUUUUUCUGCUGUACUUGAUUGGAAGGAGAAAAAGAAUCAUUUCCUUCAUAACAAUGUAAACAAUUUAUUUCACUAAAACAAUAACAUGAUAGUAUAUGGAUCCACGUUUGUUAACUGAUGCGGUUAAACGAUUUAAACAACAACAACAAACCUUAGACUGAGUUUUAGCACUUAAAAACAAAUCCUGAUGUAUAGCUUUUGGACUAUAAUGUAACUUAAACAGAAAAGUAUAUUUAGAAAGAUUUUUCCUCCCAAAAAUUUUAUUUUUAAAAUCCCAAUUUGAAUUAAAAAAAUAAAUAAAUCCCAUUUAAAUCAAAAUAAAGACUUGGUGGGGUUUUUAAAGUCAUAAUUUGAAAAAAUUGUAAUAAUAAUUCAUAAAGGAAACAGUUUAUAAGAAGGAAAUAAGGAGGCCAUGCACAGCAUAAAGGAAGUCUUUUAUUUUGUCGUUUCUUUUAUGUUAUGUUCAUGUCUAAUGGUGGUGGAUUUGUUGAUUUGAGUUGUGGUGGAUUUAUGUUGUAAAUCAUGGGUAGGCAAACUAAGGACUGGGACCCAGAUCCGGCCCCAUUACCUUCUAAAUCUGGCCCGUGGGCGGUCUGGGAAUCAGUGUGUUUUUACAUGAGUAGAAUGUGUGCUUUGAUUUGAAAUGCAUCUCUGGGUUAUUUGUGGGGAAUAGGAAUUCGUUCAUUUCCCCCCAAAAAAUAUAGUCUGGCCCCCCACAAGGUCUGAGGGACAGUGGACCGGCCCACUGCCAAAAAAGUUUUUCGACCCCUGUUGUACAGUGGUACCUUGGUUUACAACCAUAAUCCAUUCCGGAGGUCCAUUCGUAAACCAAAACAGGUUGUCACCCAAGGCGCCCUUUCGUCAAUGGGGCCUCCCAAAAAAUUUUGUUCGUAAUCCAAAAAAGGGGUUGUCAUCCAAAAAAGGUUGUGAACCGGGACACGCCCUUCCGGGUUGGACGUGUUUGUAAUCCAAAACAUAUGCAAACCAAGACGUAUGCAAACCACUGUAAAUAAAAUUUAAAUUGAAUGAAAAUUUUAAAUACAAAUGGUUGUCAAAUAAAUUCAAAUUUAUCCCCCCCCCAAAAAAAAUAAUCUGAUUUAUUUAUUUAUUUUUAAAUCAUUGAUUUUUAUACACCCUGCUUUAAACAGAAGAGAGAAAGCUUCCACAGGUGACACAGGGUUUCGGGGCAGCUGGGACGAAUGGUUCCCCAGGAGUCCAAGCAGCGCUUGACCUCUGACUUCCUUCCCCAGGCCAUCACCUGCGGAGGGGUCGCCUACCAGGAGCAGCCAUACCACUCUGAGUGCUUUGUGUGCGCCACCUGCUCCAAGAAACUGGGAGGGCAACGCUUCACAGCUGUGGAGGAUCAAUUCUACUGCGUCGAUUGCUACAAGUCCUUUGUGGCCAAGAAAUGCAGUGGUUGCAAGAACUCAAUCACAGGUGGGUUAGUGAUGGGUCGGGGGUGAGUGCCUGGAGGCGGUUGGAGGACGGGUGGCGGUUAACAGGUUGAGGUCGGAUCCUGGCAAGGCAGAAGUCUGGUUGUGGGUGGGCCCCCUGGCCAUGAACGGGGCAACUGUUCCUCUGAAGGACCAGCUCCUCAGCCUAUUUUGGACUCAUGGGGGUGCAGGUCCGUUCUGUGUCCAGGGCAGCUCCAUCUGGGAUGCAGGAUGAGACCCCACCUGCCCAGAGUGGCACCUGCUCUGGUGAUCUCCUGCUUGGACUACUGCAGUGGUGGUCCAACUCGGCCCUCCAGCUGUUUUGGGACCACAACGCCCACCACCCCUGACCACUGGUCCUGUUAGCUAGGGGUGAUGGGAGUUGUAGUCCCAAAACAGCUGGGGGGCCAAGUUUGCCUAUUCCUGAAUGAAGUGACCUGUGUGCUUCCUUCUCCUUCCUUUUUAACCCUUCCCUCCCUGCUCCUCCUCUGAACCGGCAGGUUUCGGGAAAGGCACCAACGUGGUCAGCCAUGAAGGCCACUCCUGGCACGACUACUGUUUCAACUGUAAGAAGUGCUCCAUCCCGCUGGCCAACAAGCCCUUCGUCUUCCACAGCGAGCAAGUCUACUGCCCCACCUGCGCCAAGAAGCUGUAAGGGG